ACACUGCUGGCCGGUGCGUCCCCGGACGAUGCCGUGCACGAUGUGGUGCUGUGCGUCGAAGGACACCAGUUUGCCGCACACCGGUUCAUUCUGUACCAUCGCUCGGAGUUUUUGCGACGGCUGUUGCAAGCGAGCCCCACGUGCCAGGAGUUCGAUCUCAUGCAGUGUGGCAUCGAUGGGUUAUCCGUAGGCGCAUUUAAGCUAGCCCUGCGCUACAUCUACACCAACCGGUACGUUGGGCGCGAGGACGUUCUACGGCUGCUCAGGAAACCGGGCGAAAAACCGGGCGAUCCGAAACCAGGAGCCAUCGCGGAGCUAUGCAACCAGCUACGUGGGGUCUUUGAACGCUUGGAGCUCAGUCGGUUGGCGGAAAUGCUUGAACGGAUUUACAGUCCAUCCAGCGGGUUGCUAGCGUAUGACCCACCCGAGGAGCCAUUCCCAGCGCUGCCCUUCGAUUUGUUCCGCGAGUUGCACGAUCUUACGAUCGUGCUGGAGGGCGAAGAAAAGCUACGGGUACACCGAUGUGUGCUGGUCACCCGCCUGGAGUACUUCGCUGUGAUGUUCGGCCACACUUGGGGCGAAAACCGCACGACUGUUGACCUGCACACGAUACCCCACAGCACGAUGAAGCUGAUCGUAACGUUUCUGUACGAUCACGAGCCGCUUGUGUUCCGGAUGAUGGACUACUUGGCGCUGCAACAUAUGCUCCGAGUGUGUGAUCAGUUGUUUGUGGAAGACUUGAAGCGUUUGCUUGAGACACUCCUGGUCGAGAAAGUGAACCUGUACAAUAUGGCCUGUACUCUGCGGUUUGCCUGCCAAUUCAAUUGCGAGCUAGUGAAGGGCGCCUGCCUGCAAAUGAUUAGCACGAAUCUCGAUCGGCUGCUCGAGGGCCACCUGCUAGAGAGCCUCGCACCGAACAUUCUGGAGCAGAUCGGCACGUUCUACCGGAAGCACUACAAUUUGGACAGUUACCGAACGAUCACACCGUUCUCGGAUGCGAUCGACGACGAGGAGCUCGAUCAGUUGGUGCACGAGUUUCACGUCCAGCUAGAGGAAAAGCCAUUGGACGCUAGGGCGAAAAAAGGACGCCCGACUGCGAAAGUGUCACGAUCGCAGCAGCAAAAGCUCAGCUUGGAGAAGGAAGCGAUGGAUUACCUGCAGCGACUCUCGCUGGAGGAAGAGUCAGUGGCAAACGAACGGAAGAUUGCUGCCGCUGCCGCUGCCGCUUCUACUGCCACCAACACCAGCAAGGGGCGCGUGCCGGAAGCGGAUGGUACAAAAUCGUGGCACAAGGUAACCACGGUAACGGCGGAUGCGAAACGAAAGUCGGCCCUGUCAGCCGCCCUGCGAGCGAACGAAAUGAUGAAGGCAGAAGCUCAACACCCGACGGGUUCGGGUGAAAGCUUCUCGAACCUGCGGACGGUGCUCCAACAUUCGUCGCCAACCAGUGCACCAGUGCUGGGGGGUUCACCGGACGAGGGUUACGAAACGGCGGCCCCGGCUGGGGCCACUCCUCCCGGUGCGAUCGUUUCUCCGAUUAGCUUGGCCGAUUUUGGCCUGCAGAAGGGUAAACUGUCUCAGAAGCAACGGAAAAGGCUCUCGUCGGUCACGGAGACGGUGGCGGUGGUUCCGUCAGGCGCAACGGACAGCAACAGCAACACCGAGGAUCAGCAGCUACCGACGGUGAGCAACCCGUGGAAGACCAUCACGGCACCGUCCGUGGCCAGUUUCGAUGCCAUACAGUCAGCGGAAGCGGCCGGCGGUGGUCUGCUGCCGACGGAAGCUUCGAACGUUGCACGCCGCCAACGCCAACGGCAGUCCAGCAACGGCAGCGGCACCGGCGGGCCGCGACUCAGUUCGGGCGAACAGGACUUUACCGAGAUUCUGGCCGACGAGCGGCGCCAGAAGCAGUACUACGAGAAGCAGCGUCUGAAGUCGCUCACCGAAACGCAGCUCGAGGAGCAAGCGAUCGAAGAGCUGAAGGCGUUCUACAACGUGGAACAGGUGCACGACGAACACAUCACCAUCGAACGGUAUCGGCCUCCGCUGACGGCCACUCCGAAGGUAGCCGUCUGGGGCCAGCGCCAGUAAGUGCUGGGGAGGCGGUGUGUUUUUAUUUGUAAAAAGUGUAUUUUUUAC